UGAUGUCACCUGCGUGCGACGGCAUCAGCAGUAGCAACAACAACAACAGCGGCAGUAGCAGCAGCUGCUGCAGUAGCUGUAGCAACAGCAUCGGCAGCCACAACAGUCGCUCGAGCAAACGCUGACAACAACAAUAACAGCAGCAGCAGCAACAACAACAACAAUAGACUGCGUCGAGAGAGAGAGGAGGGAGGGAGGCCCGUCAUGGAGGCGAACGUUUGAAAGCGGAAGGGUUUCGAAAAUCGUUGUCUUCUGUUCCACUGUCGCGUCUCGUUUAUCGUAUUUUUUUAUAUCAUCUCUACCACUUCGCUAGGAGUUUAUUUUUUAUUUUUUUCCUCGCCUCCUCCUAGCUUUAUAAUUUAAUGUUUCAUUUUUUUUAGAGUGCAAUAUACGGUGCCGUCAAAUAAGUAGUUCGCUGCGUGCAAAGUACAUAGUUGGUGGGGGCUGUUGGUGUGGUGGUUGUUAGUAGCGUGUUCUUUAGUAGUACUGUAGCAAGUACAUGUUGCUAGUACAGCCACUGCUAUGGUAAGUCACGUUGUGAAUACUGUCGUGUAGUGUAGGCGCUGAUCUAACCAGUAUUACCAGUACCGUGACUAUAUAGCAAUAGUGGAACGGUGGUUAAUGUUGUGAGCAACACUUUGUUGUGGUAACACCGGUUGUAUGUGUUGAUCAAACUGCAGCAAUUGCAGUAAACCUUUGUUAGAACUCCUGCUUAUCGCAGUUGUGUAGUGUCCUACAGAACUGCUCAUGUGUGUUAGUACUGCGGUGGUAGUGAUUGUUAGUAGUACUUUCAAAGUGGUGGUUGUGAGCAAUUUCUCAAAUUCGUGCUGAGUUUUUGGUUGUGUAGUUGAAAGUGCUGAACGUGAUUUCUGUUAGUACUGCACUGCAGCGGUAUUGGUAGAACUUGUGGUAAUUGUGUUCUGAGUUAAAUGUAUUCGGUGCUUUCUCGUACUUUGUAGUGUCAGCUGUUCGGUUGGAGUGGCGGUGACCUGUGGUCGUCCAAAAAGUAGGGCAACAACCUGCCAGAAUUGUCAAAACCCGGCCGUAUUGAUUUUGAAUUUAAAAAUAUUUCCCUCGGGGGUUAGGUCUCGCACUCCAGAGAACUAAACAUUAAUCAAAGUCCCGUGAUACGUGCAACAAAGUUCAGAUUAAGGUCCUGGGGGACACGUCACACAGACAUCGUUGCUGCUGUGUUGGUAGUUACUUGCCACUGACUGCGUCAGUAAUGAAGUUGUGAGGGCCCAACCAACAUCAGCCUCCACCAACAGCAGCCAAACAUCAUCGGCCAUGGGAGGCAAGCAGAGUUCCAAUGCCCGCACCAGAGCCUUCUCCAGUUCGGAUGUUCCCAGCCCAGGCCAUGGAGGGCCCAGCUCUGCUGCCUACCGAGGUCACCGGUCUACCCAUGGCCUUCCCGGCGGAACCUCCGCUUCGUCGUCGUCGUCCGCCACCUCCGGCCGCAACCCACCGAUCGGCAUCCCAGGGGGCAGGGUGGCCACGGGGCCAGGAGGCCAUGGAUCUGGCGCUGAUGAUGUGGGAGGAGGGAGACAGAGGCUCUUCAACAUGCUCAGCUCUGCUGGGAUGUCGCAGUCGUUGCCCGUGCAACUCACUCCACACCUGCUUGGGGGCCUCAAGUGCCCCAUCUGCUCCAAGUUCGUGGCCUCGGAUGAAGUUGAGGCGCACCUGGUCAUGUGCCUCACCAAGCCUCACAUCUCGUACAACGAGGAUGUGCUGGUCAAGGAUUCCGGGGAAUGUCCCAUCUGCCUGGACGACAUGGAUGAGGGUAACACUAUUGCCCGGUUGCCCUGCCUCUGUAUCUACCACAAACAGUGUAUCGAUUCCUGGUUCGAGGUGAAUCGAUCCUGCCCAGAGCACCCUUCGGACUGAUUCUGAAGCACAACCAAGAGGCGCCCGUGACGUUUGGUGUUUUGAACAGCAGUUGGCAUUGAAGAGGGCACGCGCACCACCCUAUGUAGAGUUUUAGGGAACCGGUCGAUUGUUGGCAAAGCACCACGGUAGCACAGGAGAUUUGUGAAUCUCUAAAACAUUGUGCCUGGCAGUUCUUCAAUUCAAAUUGUCUUCGACUUUGCAGGCUAACUGUGAAGAUUAAAGCACACAAUGGAGUUUUUUAUUCCUUGAGGAAAGUAACAAAGCCAUGUAAUCUCGGUAUCACAACAUUCUUUGUGAAAACAGAAUAAAGUGUACAUUGAAAAAUUAUGAAUUCAAAUGGAAUGUCACCUUUUAAGUAUCUUAAUUUGUUUGAAGUCAUUCUCACCCAACCGGGUGUGCCAGUUGACCCAGAAGAAGCAUUUGGCAGGCAAAAGAAAAUGCACCUUCAUGACUUCAUGACUAAGCCUCCCCUUCUCGCCCUCCUGGCUCAUGCAAUCGUCGGCUCGCCAACACUUGCAGUUUCUGAAAAGUGGCAUCAGGUGGCACCGGAGCGUCCAGGGGAUGUGAUGAACGCGCACCAAGCGGGAGCAGGGCGGCUGCCAAGAUGUGAACCAAUGAGGACACUCGGUGGGGACCAGCACCUUACGUGACGCAAAGCCAUGAACUCGAUACAAUAGGGGGGUGUGGGGGGGUCCAUCAGCUGGAAGCUCCUCCCACAGCGACUUGCGAAGGAAUGGCACCAAACGUGCCUCACCUUUGUGCUCCUCUGCGCGCCUUCCCUUGGCCUCUGCGGACAACACGCCGUGCGGACAUGCCACUUGAGCUCUGUUUGGCGCGUUAAGAAUUGUGAGCACGGGAUGAUUGGGUUCCCUGGCUUCCGGUGUUUGGAAUGUUCAACCACUGCGUCCGGGCUUCUUCACUUCAUGAACCCCUGCCAGAUUCCACGCCCUGCUCGUGUGGCUUGUGUGUGUGUGAAACGUGUGGCUUGUGUGUGUGUGUGAAACGUGUGGCUUGUGUGUGUGUGUGAAACGUGUGGCUCUGUUUGCUAGGAGUAUACGCCAGCACCUGUUGUGUACAGUCUGCACACAUGCCAUUAGGGCAUCGUAUAAUCAGCUGUACCACAAUCAACCUUUAUACAUAGGAAUAUAUCUUAUUAUAUUUGUAUGCCAAAUCUGUACAUAAGAGAGUGCGGUGUGGUUUUUUUUUAUUUCUGUUAUUUCCUUUUGGGUGCUCGUCGUGAACGUUUGGGAAAAAAAUGCUUUUUAGAGUAAAUGAUGAUCGUAAAUGUCAGCUGCUUUUAUAAUUGCAAUCAAUUGUGUUCAACUGUAAGUGUAAUUAAUAGAAAUGAACAUGCAAUUACAACCUGGUGGAUUGAUUUAACAUGUUGCGCUAUAUGCUGAUCUUCCCGUCGGGUUAAUUCUGCAACCUUUGUCUGUCCACUUAAUUUUUGUUUGUUUUUAAGCGCAAUCACAGCCAUAUAACCUUUUUGUUUCGGUAUUCCGCAGGUGGAGUGCCUUAAUUCUAAUGGCAGUGCUAAACAAGUUCCCAAAUUGGCACUUUCAAGAAAAUACAUUUAAUCCUCCAAAUCCCUUAUCCUCCGCCUCUUCACGUUCAUAACACCCAUUCGUACCUCAAACCAUACACUUGCGUUCAAAGUCCUCCAGAGCCCUCUGAUCACACGGAUAAUGAUAACAACCCUCUAAUAACUUAAGUGGAGGCAUUCUAGGGAUUGACAAAAAACCGCAUCAAUUCACGUCCUGUAUACCAGCCGAGGAUUUGCCGUGCGCCGCACACGGUAUUCGGUUUAUUAUGCCAAGUGCUAAUCGUCGGGGUCUUUAUUCCACGCAGGUUGUGACGUGAAGGGGAUAAAUAACCAUGCUGGUCGUUGUCGUUGGUUAAUCUUGUUGGCACUGGUUAGUCUCUGGAACUUGUGUACGAUGCCUCAAUGUUCCUCGUCUUAUUUUGCUUUUAGACAUCAGCUGUUUUGAAACCCAUUAUUAUUAUUAUUGCCCCUUUACAUGGUAACAUUCUCACAAUAAUUUGCCAGUAGCAGCAGAUUAGUUGCUGCGUAAUUGGGCCUACAUGUUAUGCAGAUGAGCAAAAUGCUGGUGGCAAAAUAGCAAUAUAGAACAGAGGGGUGCAAAGGCCAAGCAGAGUAGACGGAUCCCCUAACAGUGAAUAGUAGGCUCCACAGUACAUGCGACACUGCUGUGCCUCUUAGAUUUCCCUCGAUGGAGCGGCUUGUCUGCGAGUGACGGAAUGGUGGAGUGUGCUUUUCAUAUCAGAGAGGAUGGAAGCAGCAUCCAAUGCCAUUCGCAGGUAUACCGGGGAUUAAAAGCACUUUCGUAAACGUCCGUUAGGGGGCAGCACAUACUAAUCUAAAUGUUGAUUGUACGUUGAAGCCUAUUUUUGGAUUGAUCAAGCCUUUUACUAAUUAUCUUCACGAAAAUUAAUGACGAGCACCACAUUGAUACAUUUUUUUAAAAAUCGAGUGCUGCUGUUACGGCCAGUGCAGUGCAUUCGUGCGCUAUUGGCGGGCUCCGUGAUUGCAGAGGACCUGCCGAACUUUGAACGCGAUCAGGUGCGAGUGGAUUUUACGCCAGACCGGGAACCAUGCUCCAUGCUUUCACAAGUGGCACCUCGCGAAUUGUCCUCACCAGGGACGUUAUCCACAGGGUCGAUUGUUCUUGAUUCCGUUGCUCUUUUCGAACCAACCACCCAACUAAGCGACCUCAAGCAAAUCAGCAGGGGCCGACUGGGACCGCGUCAUUGGUUGGUUGCUGAAAGGCAGGGAGAUGAUGGUCCAUUUUUUGUAUGGCUUUAGGAGUACGAUGGAGGGGUCUGCUGGAGACAAAUACUUGAUAACCCACAAAAUAUUGUCAAAAAAAGUAGGCUCUCAUCGACCAUCGACAACUCAAGUGUGUGAACAUGAGCGAAUUAUUAAGUUCAUUAUUGAGGCCAUCUGCAGCAUCUGCGGGGAGACACGGUGCAAUAAAACAUAUAUAAAAAAAAUAGACUGUUAAGUGUUCCAAUUAAUAUAGAAUGUUAUCUUAAAAUGCACGUGUGGGUUAGUGACUAUUUCCAGCACGCCCCUUCAUUGAAGUGAAGCAUUUUUUUGUGUAAAGCAUUGUUGGUGUUCACAACGGUCUCGUCGUGUGCUUCGCUCAAGAGCAGUAACACCCGGCGUGGUCUUGACUCGGGAUGUAAGUUGCCAAAGUGAACCUGUGGAACAGGCACUGUUCAAGCACAUUAUGCUGUGCAACAUUCCCCUGCCUUAGUGAGCUGGACCAUUGGGAACGGUUCACGCUGAAAAAUUACUGGACUUGAAAUAGCGUGUCGCCACUCGUAGUUGCUGCUGCUGCUGGAUCCAAUCCUUUGGGGGUGGGGAGUGUUCAGUCGAUCGCACAUUACCGAAAUGCAUAUAUUCCCUUUCGCACUUUAAAUUAAUUGAGGGUCCUCGUAAGAAUAUGGCGUUUGGAAUGGUUCACUGGUGUGUGGUUUGCUGUAUAGGAGCAAAAGCUUUCAAACAUGGGCCAGUUGUGCGUUUGUCUAAAUGAUGCAUACACCCAGGGCUGCUUGGGAACUUUGAAUGUAUAAAGUUUGUGGCCCGAAGUGGCAUGUUGCAAGCCUGUUGUGGUUAUAAUGUUGCAUUGCAGAAGCAAAGUGGAUGAAGCUGGGCUAUUCCAUAUGUAAUUAAUCUAUUACUUCACCAGUUAUUGGUUUGAUUACUCAACUAAACUGAUAACACGAAAAUAGCCACGGAUGACGCUGUACGGGAGGUAAUGGGCGAGGCAUGGUGACAUCAUCAGCUGCGUCACACUUGUGUCCUGUAAGAGGUUUCCCACCUUCGGGAAGAACCCAAAUGAUCGACCACAACAAAAAUAGUCGAUAUUAAAAUUUGACCGUUGAAAAUACUUAAUGAAUUCAUUAUCCUACCUUUAAAAUUAUGUGUUUUAGAUCCUCUGAAAUAUGUUGUUCUGAUAGAACCACAGUAUGUAAUGGGCAAAACAAAAUAUCAGAUGCCUUCAUAAUAUUUUUAAUAAAUGCAUUUAAUUUUUCACUCCAUUAAAUUACAUUUUGAAAAAAUCUCAAAUUUUUUAACUUGUUUUACAUACAGUGCUUAUUAUCUACGGUAGAUUUUAAACUGCCGGAUAUCAAAAACUUUAAGCAAAUAUGUAUGAUACGCUCUUUAUUUUUCUGCAGCGUGAAAAUAUUCACGUGGACAUUUAUAAGUCUUCAACGAUGCAGUGGUCACACGUACCUCUUUUCCACUUUACAACCGAGCCACGCCAGAGCCGUGCCCAGACAAACCCGGUGCAGUUAUAAGAGAUGCCAGUUCUUCCACUACGGAAUCCGAGUUGUGUAGAUAAUGUCACACCGGGCCCUACCUCUGAUCCAGCAUGGCUGAGCGUGAUCCAGAUUCCGAUCUUGUGUUCAGCCACCCUAUCACAAUGUGGAUCUGGCUCGUCACGCGAAAUAGCCAGUGGAACACCACAUUACUAUGAGGGUUCUGCCCUGCGGAUGUGGCAGUGGAAAAUUGGUGACACUGUCCACAAUAAUUACAGCUCAAAGCAGCCUUGUUUGGAUAACAGCAACCUCACAGUAGCCUUUGGGUUUUUUUUGUGUCAUAAGAGGUUGAGUGGUAGUGAUAUGUGACAAGAUAUAAUCCAGAGCUAAAUGAAUUAAAUGUAUUGGCUUUGUGCAAUUAUUAUAAAAUCAUAGUAGGCAUUGCUUUAUUCUGUCAUACAUAUUAAAACAUAAUUUUGCAAAACAUAUUUACAUUUUGACAUGUAUCCAUAUUGGUGCCAUAAUUCAUGUAGAUACAAUUCACAGCUCCAUACAAACAUUCAGAUUUGUUAAUUGGUUAGAACUGAUGUAAUGAUAACAUUUUGAGUUUUAUAAUGUAGUGUAAAAUAAAAAAAAUAUGUAUAGGUCGUAAUAAGCAACAGUGUGUCAGGGAGUACAGUGACAAAGGCCAAUCCUAUAAUCAAAGCUAAGCCUUUAGUCCCUACUCUGCUUUCAGUGUCAACAUCUGUGAUGCAGUCAUUUGCAUUAUCUGCAUUAACCUGUAUUCAGGUUCAUUGCACCUUACGAAAAUCCACGAUAAACUGUUGCCACUUUCUAUUAUUACGGGGCAGAACGUCAUGGGGCAUAACUCAGCACUGCUGUUCUUGAUGUAAUAUCAAAACUAGUGUCAGUGAGAGGCCCUGACUGGACUCUUGAUGAGGUUCAACGCACAUAUACGGCGUCAUUUGUAUGAGAGAGA